AUUUAAACAGUCAUUUACCCAGAAUGAAAACACAUGGUUAACUGAACUGCUUGAAAAUGUGUUUUGAAAAUAUAUUUUUAAACGAUUUUUAUCAAGAAUAUUUAAACGUUAGAACUGAUUAGUAGAAAAUAUAUUUUGUAAAGUGGUUCAUUCCGAUCACGCUGAUCUCGCGAUAAUUUCAGAGAUGCUAAAAUUCCGUGACUGGACUGAGUGGAUUUACACAGCUGUUUUGAAAGAUGUGUUUCUGGAUUCCCUAGUAUGCCCUGUGAAGUGAAGCUUCGUUUUGUGGUUCUCUACGGAUCUCAGAAGGGCCAAGCCGAGUCCCUCGCUGAAGGAAUAGCUGAGGUGGCAGAGGAGCAUGGACUGGUUGCUGAGCUCAGUUGCUUGAACCACAACGAGAAGUACAAUUUGGAGAAGGAGACUGCCCCAGUGGUCUUUAUUGUGUCUACUACUGGAGAUGGGGAACCACCAGACAAUGCCCUCCAAUUUGUAAAGCGCAUCAAGAAGAAGACCCUCACCACUGACCACUAUAAACACCUUUGCUAUGCACUUUUAGCUUUAGGAGACACAAAUUAUGCAAAUUUCUGCAACUGUGGGAAGACAAUUGAGCGUCGUCUGCAGGAACUUGGAGCAAAACAAUUUUAUGCGACAGGAUAUGCAGAUGAUGGUGUAGGGCUGGAGGUGGUUGUGGACCCCUGGAUUGAGGGACUGUGGAAAGCAAUCAAAGGAGCCUUAUCAAAAAUGGCUUCUGACAAGGCUGACUUAUUGAAAGGAGAAGCGGGGAAAUCACCAAAGGGAACUCCUAAUUUAUCCAUACCGCAUGUCCAACUGAACCUCUUGAGAAUAACUGACCACCAGAACUGCGACUCGAUCAAAGCGUCUGCAGAAACGGUCUCCAAAUGUGCAACUGCUGCUUCAUCUUCAGCUCCUGCUACACAGACUGCUGUUUCUGAUCUCAGGCCAGCUUUUCCUGCAGGGAGCUCUGUGUUGGCAUCGCAGUCUCGUGGUACUGCCAGUGUUUCCACAUCAGCACCGAAGACACAGACCGGGAAUGCUGGAGUUCCCCAGGUUUCCUUGGCAGCCUCACUGACAUGCUCCCUCCCGCCGCUGUCCGAAUCGCCUCUUAAUGUUCCUGCUCUUCCUCCUGCCUACCUUGAUGUCUCUCUUCAGGAGGUAGACUCAGUGGAACAGAUUGUUGGACUGUUAAACAAAGAGACGCUCCAUGCGGCUCCCAUAUCCAGGGCAGUUCAGCUGACCAGAGGAGAUUCAGUCAAGGUGGCUGUUCUCUUAGAGCUGGACAUGUCUGCUCACCCGAUGGUGACCUAUCAUCCAGGGGAUUCGUUUGAUGUGUUCUGCCCAAACAAAGCCACUGAGGUGGAGGACAUGCUCCACCGAUUGGGCCUUCAAGACCAGAGGAACCACCAAGUACACAUUUCUCUACUUAAAGACACCAAGAAAAAAGGUGCCCAGGUGCCAUCCUACAUGUCCAAGAACAUUUCUCUGCUGUACCUGCUCACACGGUGUCUCGAGAUUCGAAGUGUGCCUAAGAAGGCAUUUGUGCGUGCGCUGGUGGAGCAUACGGGUGACUGUGUGCAGAAGAGGAGACUGCAGGAGCUCUGCAGCAGACAAGGCAGCGCGGACUACAACCUGUACGUGAGAGACUCCGGCCUCAGCGUCUUGGAGCUUCUCGCAGCCUUCCCAUCCUGCUCGCCUCCUCUCAGCCUCCUCAUAGAGCAUUUGCCGAAACUGCAACCCAGGCCUUAUUCAGCAGCCAGCUCCUGUCUUAGGCACCCAGGAAAGCUGCAUUUUGUCUUCAACGUGGUGGAGUUCCCAGCAUGCUCUGGGCGGCCUGCGGGGAGGCUAGGCUUGUGUACCGGUUGGCUGUUUGACCUCAUCAAUCCUGUGCUGGUUUUCCCUGAGAAUGAUGAAUCCUCCAGCAGCCCUGCUCUGCCAAAGAUCCAUGUGAGUUUGAGACCAAACUGCUCUUUCCGGCCUCCCGCUGACCCGUCGGCGCCCUUCAUAAUGGUCGGACCGGGGACAGGAGUUGCCCCCUUCAUUGGCUUUCUCCAGCAAAGAGAGCAGGAGAGAAAGGAAAAGCCUGAGGCCAUAUUUGGCGAGACCUGGCUGUUCUUUGGUUGUCGCCACAGAGACGGAGACUACCUUUUCAGAGAGGAGCUGGAGGGCUUUGUUUCCAGCGGUACACUGAGCCAACUCAAGGUGUGUUUCUCCAGAGAUGAGCAGGAGGAGGAGGAGGAGGCCACCACCUCAGCAGCAGCACGACCCAGAUAUGUGCAACACAACCUGCUUCUCAACAGCCGACACGUCACCGACAUCCUGCUCAAACACAACGGUUACUUCUAUGUCUGCGGCGAUGCUAAGAACAUGGCUAAAGACGUGAACAACACUCUAAUGGAGAUGAUCCAGACAGAGCUGCAGGUGGACCAACUAGACGCCAUGAAGACACUGGCAGGGCUGAGAGAGGAGAAGCGCUACUUACAGGACAUCUGGGGCUGACAGCAGAUGACCAGAUAAGGGCGUUUUGCAGCAUCCACUCUGCCUUUUUACAACUUAAAAAAAUCAGCAUGCUCGGCUGUAACCUCUGAAACCAUAAAACUGUGGAUGCCAAAGCCCGAAGGUAGUUUACGCCACCCAAAGCGACCUAGAUUGAAUUCACCGUGCUGACCCGGGGAUAUCGGUUCACUACAUCAUCUUGGGCUUUGCUGUUUGAACAGAAAUUAUCUUGGUCAGGACAAUAAUGCUGGAGAUUGGUCCUGCAGUGUAAAAAUGCUUUCGGUAUAGACGCCUCUGUUUGUCCUGUCUGAGGGAAAAGGCAUUUACUUCCAUCAGUUGUGAUGUAGUGAUUUUGAUGAGUCUGGGGGCGCACUGACCUAGAUGGAAAACAACACAGCAAUCUGAAGUUCUACACGCACACACACACACACAUGCAAUUGUUGUUUUUGUCAUUCAGGAGGAAAGAAAGCAGUCAUAUUUUCCCAAGUUAUUUUCACAAUGCGUGAGCCAAACCACAGUGAUUUACUUCUGUAAUCAUCUGUGGCAAUUCUUUUAAAGUUUUAAGUUGGUUUGAUGGUUUUACUCCAGUAUUGUAAAGCAUCAUCAUGUUUUCAUCCAAACUAUUCUGGAGGUAGUUUGCUUUUUGUCUUGUUGUUGAGGGAAUGAAGACAGAUUUUAAUGUAUGCAACCCUAAAAAGUCACAUUUGUAAGUCCUUGGAGAUGAGUACAGUUGUCCCAUUUAUCAUUAUAAUGUGUUACAUUUUAAGUACAGAGGGCGUGAUUCUAAACGAUAAUGUGCAGCUCUGACCAGAGCAAUUUGUUUAACUGACUAUGUUUGUGCUUCUCUGCCACCACACACCGAGCAGGCUGCCAGUUUGGAGACCGUGAACUCUUUUCUAAGUCCUGCAAACCCGACUAAAAUCUCCCAAACGGUGGUGAAAACAAACACAGCUGUGCCUUGUGUGAUCAGCAAUUAAAAGACAUUUCAGAGUCAAUUAUU